AUGGCAGCCUCCAGCGACCUGCAGGCUCUGCAGCUUCAGAAUCGGAACCUGCAGCAAAAGCUCGACUGGAAGCAGCUCAAGAUCAACCAGCGCGACAAGCACAUUCGCGAUCUCCGCGACGCGACGCCGGCGCGCGCCGCCGACCUCGAGCGCCUCGAACGGUCGCUCUGCCGGCUCUCGUUGCAGAUGGAGCACAUGCAGCUCGUCAUAAAAAAACCGGAGUGGUCGUUUCACACCUUUGCGAUGCCGGAGAAGACCGCCUCCUCGGCGCACACCAUCUUUGUCCGACCGCCCAGCGGGAACAGGCUCGAGGUCACAAUCCCGCCGGGCAAGCUGCCGGGCGACAUCUUCACCGUGAUGCUCAAGGACGAGGACGCGUACCCGCCGGACUGGGUGUGGCACGCGGCGCCGCCCGCGGCGCCCGCGCACUCCGCGCCGCCGCCGUGGGCGGAGGAGCAGCCGGCGGCGCAGGAGGGCGAGGACGGGGAGGAGGGCGCAGACGAGGAAGACGCAGACGAGGCGGCCCUCCGGAAGAAAGCGCCGAUGCCUGUCGGACACACAGACCCGCGCUGUGGACCGCAGCCACCGUGGGUCCAGCAGCGCGAGCUGGUGUGCAUCCGCGCUCCCAGAGCAUGCCGGUGGAUGGCCUUGACCAGGCCUGAGCAGCUCAGGAGUGGAGGCAGCCUCUGUCUGGACGAGUAG